AUGUACCGAACCGAUCUGCACCUCCACAGCUUCUUCCAGCACUACCAGCUGAUGAGGUCCUCCUCAGAGGGCAACCCAGCAGAACUCAUCAAGUCUCUAAAGUAUGUGUUUGUGACCAACAACCAAGUGUCUGGGAACUCUGGGACCACUCAUGAGGUUCUGGCCACCGCCAUCACAGCCAUCCUCAAACAGACAGCCGAUUUCAACACCAGCAACAAGCUGCUGAAGUAUUCCUGGUUCUUCUUUGAGACGAUGGCCAAGUCCAUGGCCCAGUACCUGCAGGAGGGGAACAGGAUCAAGCGCUGUCUGACCUUCAUGAAUAGAGGCUUUGCCUUCAGCCUGGUCAAUGACUACAUGUGUGGCUUCACACUCAAAGACCCCAAGGUCUUGACGGAGAUGAAGUUUGACUUCUUGAUGACUGUGUGCAACCACGAGCACAGCACUACAUCCCGCUCAACCUGCCCAUGGCCAUCAGCCGCACCAAGCUGCAGAGAGUGCAGGAACCAGCAGGCCCGGAUCUGUCUGCUGUACCUUCCACUGCUUGAGCUGCUCUACCAGAACCUCAAGCAGCUGUCUGCCCAGCAGCACACCUCCAGCCCUGGCCUGGGCCUCACCGGUUCCAUAGAUUACUUGAGAUCAACCAGCUCGAUGGACAGCCGCAGGACCAGCAUGGCCAUCGAUAAAGACCACGGCCCAGUAGCUCAGAAUGGCCACCUGGUGAGGAGGGAGGACUCCAGAGGAUCUCUGUUCAUGGACCUUGGCACUCCAAACAGCUCUGAGCUUCACAGAAGGGGCUCUGAGCUUCACCGGCGGGGCUCCACUAUGAGUAGCAGUACUACUCUCCCUUCCAUAGGAAAACUGGGCCACUAUGAGAUCGAAGGACUCACAUCGUCAGGACCAUCUCAGAAGACAUCCUGCUGGCCUACUGGAACAAGGUCAACCCUCAGGACAUCAUCAACUUCGUCAGUCUACUAGAGACGUGCCUGGUGCAGUUCCGCUAUGUUGGAAAGAGGAACAUUGGGAGGUAGGAUGAUGUUUGGAUUCUGUACAGCACAAAUAGGUAGGGCUACUAAUUCUGUCCUAAACAGGUACAUGGUACAUGUGUCUCUGUGUGUAUUUGUAGGAGUCAGCAAGCUUGGAUGUCCAAGCUAAGGUUCCUCGCGAGUCCAAUUAAUUAUAUAAUAAUCAUUGUCCCCCACCCAUCUUUAGACUUGGUUGUCAAAGCUUGUUAUUCCUUUUUAUUUUUUGUUCCUUGUUCCUUGCUAAUAAAUGAUGUAAUUGUCA